AUGGCAUCCGUAAAGUCAUUUAAAAGAAAGUAUCUAAAACUGAGAAAAUCAUUUGAUGUAGUUCUUCAGGAAACAGAUAAUAUUGAGCAGAAGAUAGCAGAUAUCUCACAGGUCUACCGUCGAAUUUUGAUGGAAAAUACUCAUUUAACCGAUUUACUUUUGGACAUGAACAAAACAACAUUACCUACUCCUCCCGCGAGUCCUCCGGGAUCCCCAAAUUGGCAAUCAAAUGCCGUACCACGCAUUGAUUUUUUGGAAGAUACAUCUGUUGCUUAUAGUCUAGAAAAGCCAAUCGCCAGUACUCACAAAUGGUUGUCUGGUUUGACAGCCCACUCUAAGUCUAGCAAUCCACUUUUGUCAGUUGAAAGCUCCACUACUUUUUCUAAACCAGCUCUGAGCUUACCGGCUCAAUCGCCGCCUGCACCAGUCUCUACAUCCAUCAAUCCUAACUCGUUAUUGAAGCAGAAACGAAAAAGGACAGCAGAUUCACCGUCAGAGCGUCGUCCUAGAAAGAGAUCAUCUUAA